UUCACAGUAGUGGUUGAGGUGGAGGCAGUCAGUCAGCCUGCGACAGAACAACAAACGAGGACAGGUCGAGCAGCACACACAGUCGGUCCAUGUUUUAAAAGAAAAAGAAACAGUGAAACCCAAAGGAGAUGUGGAUUUAAACGUUAUUCUGUCGUUUUGAACGCGGGCUUAGUUACUUCUAGUUUGGUUGUCAUAGUGGCGGAGUGUGUGUCCGUUGUCUCUGGAGUGAGCACUAAGGAGGACUCCAUGAAAGAUGACAGAGGAGGUGAUUGUUGUAGCCAAGUGGGACUACACUGCCCAGCAGGACCAGGAACUUGACAUCCGUAAAAACGAGCGUCUCUACCUCCUGGACGACACAAAGACCUGGUGGCGUGUCCGCAACGCCGGCAACCAAACGGGGUAUGUGCCAUCAAACUACGUAGAGCGCAAGAACAGCCUGAAGAAAGGCUCGCUGGUGAAGAACAUCAAAGACACACUGGGUUUGGGAAAAACUAAGAGGAAGACAAGCGCCCGCGAUGCUUCCCCAACGCCAAGCUCAGACACAGAGUACCCCUCCAAUGGCAGUGGGGGCGGGGGCGGUGGCGGAGGAGGAGCUGCUGAAAGGAUCUAUGACCUCAACGUCCCCGCCGUGGUCAAGUUUGCCUACACAGCAGAGAGAGAAGACGAGCUGACCCUGGUCAAGGGCUCCAAAGUGGUCGUGAUGGAGAAGUGUAGUGACGGCUGGUGGCGAGGCGGUCAGGGGGGACGCGUGGGCUGGUUUCCCUCCAAUUAUGUCCUGGAGGAGCUCGGUGGGGCUGAUGAUAGAGAGGAAGGAGAUUCCUCACAGGGCUACCAGGGAGGCUCUCAAGGGACAUUGUUGGCAAACGGGCGUGCAGGCGGCCACGUUGCAGUGCUCCACUUAGUUCAAACGCUCUACCCCUUCAGCUCUGUGACGGAGGAGGAGCUGAACUUUGAGAAGGGAGAGGUCAUGGAGGUGGUGGAGAAGCCUGAGAACGACCCGGAGUGGUGGAGGUGUAAGAACUCACAUGGCGUGGUGGGCCUGGUGCCUAAAAACUAUGUGAUGAUUCUGGACGAGCGGCCCGGCCUGCCCUCCUCUACGUCGAGCUCCCCGCAGAACCGCUCCGUGGCACCGGCGCGCUCGGGGAAGUUCGCCGGGAGGGACUGGUACUACGGCAACGUCACCAGACACCAGGCCGAGUGUAUACUCAACGAGAGAGGAGAGGAGGGCGACUUCCUCGUACGAGACAGCGAGUCAUCGCCCAAUGAUUUCUCUGUGUCUCUGAAGGCGGCCGGUAAGAAUAAGCACUUUAAAGUGCAGCAGUCGGAGGGAGUUUACUGUAUCGGCCAGCGCAAGUUCGGCUCCAUCGAUGAACUAGUGGAGCACUACAAGAAAGCCCCCAUCUUCACCAGCGAACAUGGAGACAAGCUGUACCUGGUGAAAGCGCUGCUGUGAUUCACACAUCCUCACACCUACACUGGAUCUCACACACAUAAACACACACUCUUCAUACACACAUGAUACUAAUGCCACCCCCUAACUGUCUUAACUGAAGCCUUAGCUCUGGACCCUCUCGCUGCGGCGUCUGUACUACAUCCACUUUUAUCUGUCGCCCUCCAGUGGCGAUCAGAUGAAACUCUCUCUAGCUCUACAACCGAGCAGUUAACCCCAAGAAGGUGAGUAUUGUGUCAGCAAACACCCAGCUACAUCCUUCAUGUACGGCACAGUGCAUAAUAAGCCUCUGUCUUUUGAAUGUGCAGUGACCACAUCUGCUGCUAACAGGACGCCUGAGGCCUUGUCGGGGGUUGAGCUCUCUUUCUGAUGUCAUACAUAAUGUCCAUGUACUACCACGCACAUUGUAGGUUACACCAUUGCUCUUAAUCCACAUAGGAAGACAGACCUCUGAGGGACCUUACCUGUUGAAUUGCUGGCCAUUGUUUUAUUUUGUUCAUUUAUUUUUUUUAUAAGCAAUGCUUGUUCUAAGUUAACUUUUUUUUU